AUGGAUGUGUUGAUGGAACGAAUCAAGGAAGCCGAGCACUUCCGUGAUCGAUACUUCAAGGAGCAUCCCAACUCGACGUUAGCUGAAAAGUCGAAAUCUGUUCGAGAACGGGUUAUUCCUCUAUUACAGGAUAUUCCACUGGAAAUUCGUGGUUCGUCAUCGUCGAGUGCGGAUUAUUGUUUGCUGAGCGGAACAAUUUUGAAUAUUUGCACAGAAUAUGAGCCGGAAUGUGAGAAGUAUUUAACGAAAGCGGUCAAGUUGAACCCACGUUUGACGAAUGCCUGGUACGAGUUGGGUGAAUGCUUAUGGAAGAGGGAAGAUUAUGAGAUUGCAAUUGAUUGCUUCAAG